AAUACUGGAUUGGAAACAAACGUCAAAUGCAAAGUGUUGAUGGACGACAAGAGACAAUAACGACUCGAAAGUGAAACGAUAGAUACGUAUAUGUUGUACACGUGGCUUGGGUUUGUAGAACGAUUAACAAUGGGCCUGUCAAGCACCGUCGUUCACGCGGUGAAGGAUUAGGAUGACGAAAUCGUUCGACACGUAAUGUGGAGGAUUCAAACGCAUCCGCUGCAUCUUCAGCAGGACACCAGAUUCCACCCUUCGGCAGCUGCCAUCCUUUAUAACGAGAGGUUCAGCCUCCUACAACGGACUUGCUCGCUGAUUGGAUCGACAGCUGGAGCCGGCGGUUCCGGGGCGGUCGGGGGCGGACAGGUUCAACUCUGGCAAUUCCUCCUGGAGCUGCUCUCGGAUUCGUCGAAUUCCUCCUGCAUCGCGUGGGAGGGAUCCAACGGGGAGUUCAAACUUACCGAUCCCGACGAGGUCGCGCGCAGAUGGGGCGAACGGAAGAGCAAACCGAACAUGAACUACGACAAACUGUCGCGAGCACUCAGGUAUUACUACGACAAGAACAUCAUGACGAAAGUACACGGGAAACGCUAUGCUUACAAGUUCGAUUUUCAUGGACUGAUGAUGGCCUGCCAGGCCCAAGCUGGCGUCACGUUGGAAACGUCCCCGUCGUCCCGAGGUACAGGUGCAAAUUGUCACCCUCACCAUUCGCAUCGCACUCAUCACCUGUAUCCGACAGCACCCCCAGGUUCGCAGCAUCCAACUGUAACCCCACAGGGACCGCCGCCUCCGCCGCCUCCGCCACAUUAUUGUUGGCCUUAUCACCGAUAUUCUCCGCCUACGUAACAUAAGGAACUGAUUAUCUUUCGUACUUGACAAUGUGAGGUCUUCGUUCCUGCCAUCCUGCGUAAAUAGCGUAACUGCGAAUCGCAAACUAACUGCAAUCGAUAACGACACCACACUGCGUAUCGAAAUUAUGCAAACACUUGGACGAUAGUCUCAUUGGUUUCAUUGAAAAAUUAUCUUGUGAUACCGAAACCUCCGAUAUCCAAGUGUUUUCGUAUACAUUUGAAUCGACCUUUACUCGGUUCUUUCGAGCCGCUCGCUUCUGUCCGAGCUACUCGGUUCCUUCGAGCUGCUCGUUUCUUCUGAGUACUCGACUCGGAUCGAGAACUGGGUCUCAGCUCGACUCGGCUCGCGAGCAACUCGAAACAUCCGAGUUUUCUGCAGGCCUAAUAUUUCCUAGCUCUGUUCAUUUCUCGACUGUAUCAAAAAUACGUUGGAAUCGUGCUUUUAAGGCGUCACACUCCAAAAAAAGUACAAAAGGAUUCGAUUUUUUUUAAAGCUGUCACACUAGCAUAGCACCUUGAGCGUAGAAUAAGUUCAAUGUAUUACUUAAGAUAUCGUUAUACAUUUAUUUAUAAGACAGAAACUGUUGUAAAUAUGCUACGACGUUUGAGUAAGUACGGUAUGAGCGAUAACGUUGUCUUCGCAGACAUUCUCCAUGAAAGUUGUAUUUAUGUAUUUUGUUCGAUAUUACGGUGUA